AUGUCUCAAAGAAUAUCUUUUCUCGUCCACGGGAAGGUUCAGGGCGUGUUCUUCAGAGACUUUACCCAGACCAAAGCCUCGGACUACGGCCUCACUGGCUGGGUGCGCAACACCAACGACGGCAAGGUUGAAGGCGAGGCUCAAGGCGACAAGGCAGGUCUCGAGAAAUUCAAGAAGGAUCUCAACGAGGGGUCCAAGGCUUCUCAUGUGGUCAAAGUCGAGACCAAGGAUAUAGCGACGAAGGACGGCGAAUCCGAAUUUCGGUCGUAA